UGUGUGGAUGUUGCUGUGUUAUAUAAAGCUAUUAGAAUAGUUUUUAGAAUGGAGUGCCUUGGGACCAAGGGAGGACUGACAACUCAUGGGGCCCCCAGGCAAUAGGGGAUCAUGGGGCCCCUGUGUCCUUGACCACACUCAAAGCACACCCAAAAAAGCCUAUAAAAGGUACCAGGGGCAUCUCAUGGGGCCCCCUACUGACCCCGGGCCCUUGGGCAGUGCCCGAGUUUCCAAA